AUGGCGAGCAGCGAUCGUCGCCGCUCCAAGUACGAUCGAUCCUACUCGGUCCAGGAAGAGGGACUCAAAGUUGGCCUCGCAGGUGCAACUCAGCUGAAAUCAGGGAAAAAAUUGGGGAAACACAGAGUAUCAAACGAAAUAGAAGUUUACCUUCCAACAUGAAAAUCAAUUCAACUUUUAUAAAAGUCACUCCUUACCCCGGGAUUUCCUGAAAUACUUCGUGAUGUCAUAGAUAAAGGCUCUAAAAGUGGAAAUCCGCUAGAUUAUAAUUUCUCAAUUUUUAAUUUUCUAUCCACUUGUCCAAAAGCUACCUUUGAGGGGUCUUCGAUAGAAAAAGUUGUGUUGGUUGGAAAUAUCAGGAUCUUCCUCCAGUACAUAAAAGAACAAUUUUUCAAGAUGUUGAGAAAAAAUCUUCCGUAUCAGAGCCAAUAUAUUGGUUCAUCAAGAUUUUUGUCCACCUCUUAAAAAAAGAAGUUUCAUGAAAUUAGAGAACCUAUUUGGAAGUUUGAUAAGCCGAAAAAACUGGGCUAUGAAAUACUUGAAAACCGUCUUAUUCUUAGAGGAUUCAUCAAUAAAGAACAAACUCAGGGAGAAAAGACCAAAAGAACGCUUUUUCAGGACCCGCGGGCCUUUCGCGGAAGUCUCGGCCGUGCAGCAGGUCCAAGUCGACGCGCAGAGGUUGGUGACGUUUUUUUUUCCUUUUUUUUCUUUCCAUCUUGAAGAAAUUCGUCUUGACAUCGUUUGUUAGAAGCCAAAUUGGGAAAAAGUGGGCGGCGCCGGAGCAUUAGCCUUUGCGGAUCCAUUAGAAACUGCCAUUUCAGGACCUGGUUUCCCACAAACUCGUCGCUUUCUUUCUGUAAUCUAAGGAAGCGAAUAUUUUUAUUCUCGUUUUUUUUUCUUGCUUUUGUCUUCGAGCUGAGUUAUUUCCGUCACGUUCGUCCAUAAUUCUUCGGGGUUUCUGCCUCAUUCGUCGCUCCCAUUUUUGGUCGCUUCGAAACGAAAAAGAACACUUGACUUUUUUGUUUUUUGUUUGAAUUUUAGUCCACCCCGAGGGCACCAAAAUAAUCCAGUUGCAGAAAAAAGUGCAAAAGUUUUGAUGUUUUAAAAUAUUUUUUCCUUUAGUAAGAUAUAGUUUUUUGAAAACGAAUUCUACUGUAUUAAUUUAUUAUAAAGGCUUUUCGGAUGUUUUUUUUUUCGCCAUGAAGUUCUUUAUUCAUUAAAAUUCUAAUAUUCUCUUUCUGAAUUUUUGAAGAUUUCAAAGACCUUUCCAACAAAAAUGGUUCUGAUUUACAUCAAAUCUCAAAAAAAAGGUUAGAGCCGUUAUUGGAUAAAAUAACAUUUACAAACGAAAAAAUUUAAAAAAAAUAAGCUUUUUGCAUUUUUUUUAAAUAGUCAACAAAGACCAUGAAUAGAUUUUCGCGGUGAUUUUCUAAAUAUUUUUUCCUGGAAACUUUCCAAGAUAUUAUUUUCAGAUGAAAUACUUUGCAGGACAGCUCGGCACGGUGUCGUCGUUAACCUACAGUCAGAAGCAGGCCUUGACGCUGUCCUGGCGUCUGAUGAGGACCCAGGCGGCGUCUUGCUUCCGCAAGGUCCUUCUAGAGCUCGAAAUCGCCUCGCCCAAGGUCAAGCAGGUCUGAUUUUUUUGCGUUUCAUCGUUAUUUGGAGGAUUUAUAUUCAUUUGAUAUUAGGAAACGGCGCCUAGACCUUGACUGUUCUAAAUUCUUUCAAGUUGAUAAAAAAAUUCUUUAACUAACUAAUUUUUGCGGGAUAUUUUACACAUACUAGAAAGACUUAUUGAGAAAAUAUCUCAAAGAAAGUUUUAUCAACUCAAAUUUAAAAUUUUUUCAAGGUUUGAAUUCUAAGCUUGACUGUCGUGCAUUAAACUGUAAAAAAAUUGUUCUUUUUAUUUUCUUGAAGUAAAAAAAUAUCUACUUUUUAUUUUUUUGUUUCAGAAGAACUUGAAUUUGUUUUUAUUCUGAUAUUUUGAAUUUUCAGUUCAUAUUUUGAAGCUCUUUGUUUUUCUCUUAGUCACAAUGAAUUAAACUUGGAUCCAAGUAAGAUCAGUGAGUUAUGAUCUGAAGCUUCACACAUAUCAUUUGACAUUUUUCCUGAAAGAAACAAAGAAUAUCCUCAGAUAUUCUACAAGGCCGCGCUGGUGGACGCCUUCAACAAGGACGAAGACAACAGUGCGACGAUGGAGGCUCACAUUCGUCUAGUUAUCAAGUUCGUCUUCUUCUUCUUCUUCUUCAAUCCAAGACUCUCCAGAUUCUUCGAUGACAUCCUGUCGACGCUGGACGACGACGACGAGUGUCUGAAGAAAAUGAGGGCGAUCGGAUCGUCGCACGCCGUCUUGGCGCGGAGUUGCAACUUCUCCGGCGACAUCUUCGAGCGGCUCGGCGAGAUCACCAUGGAGCGCAUUUGCUCGCACGAAAAUGUUCAGGUAGCUUGUUAUUUCAAUUUGUUCAAAGAGUGGUACUGUAGAAAAAAAUAGAGAAUAUAAGACAGGAUUUUGAUGACGUCUUCUCUGAAAAAAAUUACUUUUUCUGAAAAGACAUGUUUCCAUUUUGUUCCGUUGAAAAAAAGAUUUGAUAAGAAAAAAAUAAAAAGAAACGAAAAAUAUUUUUUUCUUUCGCUCUAUGGAAACUUAGAAGUUUAAUUUUUUUGUUUUGUCUUGCGAAUUUUUUUCUUUCAAAUGUGACGUGCUGACGUCGAAAAAAAGCGGAACCAUGGAAAAUAAUCGGAAUUGAAACUAGGAUGCGAGUCGCGUUUUUGCGCUCCAUGGAAACAAAAAUUCAAACUUUCUUUUUUUUUAUUUGGUUUUUUCUCGUAUUCACUUAUUCCUCAUGUCGGAAACUGACGUUUUGAAACGAGGAAGAAUUUGAGGAAAAGAGGAUAAUAUUGGAAAUCGCAUGUGAGCUCCAUGGAUACAUCCUUCUUUUACAUUCAUUCAAAAAAUCGCUCAGAAUCUGCAAAAACCGGAAAAUCAUAGAGAGACUCUUAUCCGAGCUUUUUAUCAGUGGAGCACAAAAGUCAAACUCAUUUCCAGAACUCGUUAGCCAUUUUUUAAAGAGCGACUCAAGUUUCAAGUUUCUAACGUUUCUUUUUAAUAUACUCGGGGAAGCCCAAGCGGUACUUCUUCAAUUUUUUUAAGCUUUGAAAAUUCUAGUUUGCAGUCAAAAAAAAAGUUAGCGUGACACGAAUAGAUAACCUUCGUCGUCAUUUUUAAAAAAGAGAAAUGAAUUUUUUGAUUCAGAAAACGCGAGAAGCGGCGAGGGCGUGGCGAAUUCUGAUUGCGAUAAUCAUCGACGAACUGCGCAGCGGAUUCGACGGCGAGGCCCGACAACACAGGUCAGACGAUCGGUCCAGAAAGACCAGAGCAAAGAAAAAAAAAAGCUGAAACCGGACACCUUCCAAACGCGUUUAUUUAUCCAGUUGUCAGGGCGAACUUUUGAAAUUCAGUACGCUUUCAGGAAAUGUUCAUCGUCUGACCAAAUCGACAAUUCGCCUUGCGAGGAAGAGGACGACCUGCACCUCAAAGUGCGGCAGUUGCGCGUCGAUUUCGACUCCUCCUUCCAGACUUAG